AUGUCGUCGUCCAAGAAGAUUGCCGAAUUUCCUGACGUGGAGGCGAAGCUCCAGAGGGCCACCAAGCAAUCCGCAUUCGAGCGCCAAAAGGCAGAGGCAGAGGCCAAGCGCCGCAGAGAAGCUGCUGAGACGGCCGCUGUCUAUGAGGAUUUUGUCAAGAGCUUCGACCAUGAUGACAGUUCCGAAUCACGACCUCCAAACUCCCGAUACGGCAACGACCGACCCGAAAGGCCAACCCUUGGUGGACAGCCGUUUGGAGGAACGGGCAAGAGACACUUUGGCGUCAACAGUCUCAAAAGUGGUCCCGGCAGUCUAGGACCUCCUCCAACAUCGUUUGGAAAGAAGAGGUCCUACGAUGAUUUCCAUUCCAGUCGCCAAAGGCCCCACGACGAGUCUAGGUCAAGAUCAGGGUUUGAGGAGAGGGAGAGGGAGAGGGAUGGCGAGAAGAGCUCUUUGCCCGUGUCCAGGGUUUUCAAUGAUAGCGACAACGAGGAGGAAGCGACCGUUAACGGCCGAGCAGAGGAGAAGGCCAUUUCGAAACCCACACUACGUCUUUCCAACCUCCCGCCGAGCACAUCGCCAGCCGUCAUCAAGGCGCUCAUACCACCCAACUUGACGGUCGAGAACGUCAAGUUCGUUCCACCAUCUGGCCCACAAGGGACGGAGCGCAAGUCCAUUGCCGCCAUCGUCACCUUGUCCAAGGAAACACCCGCAACCGAGAUCGAUGCCGCCGUGAGCGCGCUACAAAACCGUUACCUUGGCUAUGGUUACUUUCUGUCUUUGCACAGACAUCUUUCAUCGGCCGCCAUAGCGUCGGGCUUGACGGCCGUUCAGACUUCGACGACAGUAUCACAUCCAUUCGGCGCAAAGCGGGUGGAGGAAAAGCCAAUCGGCCAUGGUCCGCAUCACGGAGGCUAUGGACGCAACUAUGCUCCUCCAUCACAUUAUGGUCCUCCAGGGUCCGCUAUUAGCAGAAGUGGUCUGCUCCAUGUCCCCGUAAAACCUCCACGAGACAUCAGGACACUGCGCAUGAUUCACAAAGUCGUCGAGUCCGUCUUGGAGCACGGACCCGAAUUUGAGGCUCUUCUCAUGUCUCGACCAGACGUUCAGCGAGAAGAGAGGUGGGCAUGGAUUUGGGAUGCUCGCAGCGAGGGUGGCAUAUGGUAUCGCUGGAGGCUAUGGGAGAUCGUAACGGGCUCCCAGGCAAAGAGGGGAAAGCCCAAGUAUGUCCCACUCUUCGAAGGAAGCCACGCGUGGAAGUCGCCCGAGCCCCUCGCCUACGAGUAUACAACAUCAGUGGACGAGAUUGCCUCCGAUUCGGCAUACGAUACGGACGAAGAGGACGAUUUCGAGGACGAACAAAAAGAGCACAACGGGCAAGAAGACACAUUCCUCAACCCCAUAGAAAAGGCCAAGCUAGCGCACAUGCUAGCUCGGCUGCCCACGACACUAUCCAAGAUCAGAAAAGGAGACAUUGCCCGCAUCACUGCAUUUGCCAUCACUCACGCAAGUCGAGGCGCCGAUGAGAUCGUCGACAUGAUCAUUUCUAACGUCGAAUCCCCCUUUUCCUACACGCCCGCCAACCCCGACCACCAACAGCGCUCCCGCGAGCGCGAAGGACAAGACGGGAAUAACUCCCGGGAUUCAUCCCCCGUAGCAGAGGACAAGGACAAGGACAAAACUAACGACAGCACUCCCGACCUUAGCGCCGCCCGACUCCUGGGUCUUUAUGUAAUCAGCGACAUCCUCUCCUCCUCAUCGACAAGCGGCAUCCGCCACGCCUGGCGCUACCGGCAACUCUUUGAGACCGCUUUACGCGCCCGCAAGACAUUUGAGUUGCUAGGUAUGAUGGCCGACAAGCUCAACUGGGGCCGUUUGCGCGCGGACAAGUGGAAACGCAGCAUUGGCCUUGUCCUGAGUCUAUGGGAGGGUUGGUGUGUGUUCCCCAUCGAGACACACGAGUUCUUCGUCAAGAGCUUCGAAAACCCGCCUGCAUUGAAGGCGAAGGAAGCGGAAAAGGAGGAGGCGGAGAAGAAGGCUGCUGCUGCUGCUGCUGCUGCUGCUGCUGCUACGGGUGGGAAAUGGAAAACGGUAGAUGGGCCUGCUGCUACUACAAAUCAGGCCAAGGCUACCGGUUUCUUGCCGGUGUCAACACUUCAGGAGACAUCUACUACAGCCGAAACGGAAGAGGGGAUAGAAGCGGAGUACGUGGAAAGGAUGCUGGAGACGGGUGAUACGGAUGGGGAGCUGGUGCUGCCGCCGAAUCAUAUGCAGUAUAGUUCGGGAACGGACGAGCUGUUUUCGGAUGAUGAUAUUGAUGGGACGCCUGAUGAUGACUUUAUGGCCCUUUUGCGGAAUCUCACUACGACGGAUGAUGGGGAUGUGGUCAUGGGAGAGGCCGUGCAGACAUCAGCACCAGCAUCAGCAUCAACGACAGAUUCGAAGACAGUGGAAGUUAAGUCGGUGGCUGGAUUCCAGAUAUCGGCGAACAAGGCUGCGCCGACAAAGAAGCGGAUGCGGGCUGUUGACAUGUUUGCUGGGUCGGACUCGGAGGGGGAGAAGUAGUAGAUGACACUCGCUGUCCGGAAUACAGUACACCCGGAGGUGGUUCGAGGUGGAACAAGCAUACACAACCCUUAUUUCCAUGUCCUUGUCUAACCCUCAACUUGCAAUUACCUACGCAACUUUCAAGGUUUGUCACACACACUGCAGCCGAGUGUCAGCAGUUACCACUUUCGGAAGCCGUCACGUCUUACACAUGUCAGCCUUGUGAUACUUAUUGGGAAUAGCCAAUGGAACUUGUCGAGUAUG